UUACAGAUUGUAUAAAACAAUAUAAAUAUCUGUAUGAUAGCAUAACAAAAAUGACUGCAUAUGGAGAUGCCCAAAAAUAUUUUUUGCAAGCUAUGAUGCAAAAAGGAUCAGCGACUGACCAUGAGUGUGACUCACUCAUAGAUGAGUGCUUCAAGGUUACAGAAAAAGAUAGAAACCAGUGGACACUAUCAUCGUUUAUUACAUCUGUAAAUAAACAAAUUCAACCUUUCCACCUAGAAAUAAGGAAAGGCAAUGAUGAAGAUUCUGGACAAGAUGUCUAUGCACUAAUAAGCGUCACGGAUCAUGAUAUAAAUCAUUUAGUAAUUGGAGGAAAUUUCACGAAAAUAGAAAUUGAAAUUUUUCACCGAGCUGUUGAUCUUAUCGUUAGCUCAAAUACGGGAAUGGUUUCUUCUACUGAUAUCCUCAACAUAACGGAAGAAUUGCCUCAGAAAAAUAUUUUAAAAUCUGAAAUCGAGAUUCUGAUUACAAAGCUUGUGAAACAAAAUUGGGUUGGAGAAAAAGAUGGGAUGGUAUACCUCACCCCUCGUUCAAUACUAGAGUUGGAACCGUAUAUAAAAGCUGAAUUGAAAAAUGAGGUUUUAUACUGCAACAUAUGCAAAAGUAUGGUAUUAAAAGGAGUUAACUGCAAGAGAUGCAGAAGUAGAAUACACUUGUACUGUGCCUCCACUUAUUUCAGGGGUAGAUCAAUGGACGAAUGUAAAUGCCCAGUCUGUCAUGAUGUCAUGACGUUACUUCCAUCCUUGCCCAAUAUGGAUACAUCUCGUGUAAACGGAAGUAUGGAAGGUCUGACGCCAACGAUGAAUGAACGCAGAAAACGAAGGCGAUAAAUGGAAAUACUGUUUCAUAAUCAAUAACAAAGAUUAUGGAAUAUUUUCUCGACUAUUGUGAAUGCUCCACACUUUGUCUGGAGCCUUCAAGUUAUUUUGAAUGAAUAAGAUUUGGUUUCAAAGUGAAAUCAUAUUCUAAACUGCGUCAAUUUUGUGUAACUUUUUGCUUAUGCAUGUGGGUGUACAAAAAAUACUUCAUAGAACAACAUAGGUAGUUAUCAUACUUUUGACAUGAGUUAAUGGAGCACUUUUUAAUUUACAAUUUCGUUGGACAUCAUCAAAUCCAAACAUUUCUACUGUAAUUUUCAAACAUUUUUGUUUUUUCUACUUCUUAGA